CCCGCGGAGCCCGAGGCUGAGCUGGCAGUGGGGCUGGCCACCAUGGAGUUGCCGCAGACGCCGGAGCUGAUGGGGCUGUCCCUGCUGCUCGGGCUGCUAGCUCUGAUGGCCACUGCGGCGGUGGCGCGGGGAUGGCUGCGCUCCGAGGAGAAGUGCCGCCGGCCGGCCGACCAGAAAGCCAAUGGGGUGCCAGUGUCAAAGUCUGUAAGUUCCAAAAAGCAGAAGCAGCAGUUGCGGGGUCGCAAGGAGAAGCCCCAGCAACACAACUUCACCCACCGGCUCCUGGCUGCAGCUCUGAAGAGCCACAGCGGGAACAUCUCUUGCCUGGACUUUAGCAGCAAUGGCAAGUACCUGGCCACCUGUGCCGAUGACCGGACCGUCCGCAUCUGGAGUACCAAGGACUUCCUGCAGCGGGAGCACCGCAGCAUGCGCGCCAACGUGGAGUUAGACCACGCCACCCUGGUGCGGUUCAGCCCCGACUGCAGGGCCUUCAUUGUCUGGCUGGCCAAUGGAGACACCCUCCGGGUCUUUAAAAUGGCCAAACGAGAGGACGGGGGCUACACUUUCACCGCCAGCCCGGAGGACUUCCCUAAGAAGCACAAGGCCCCCAUCGUCAACAUUGGCAUCGCUGACACAGGGAAGUUCAUCAUGACUGCCUCCAGUGACACGACCAUUGUCAUCUGGAACCUGAAGGGCCACGUGCUGUCAACCAUCAACACCAACCAGAUGAACAACACAUAUGCAGCCAUAUCCCCGUGCAGCCGGUUUGUGGCUUCCUGUGGCUUCACCCCUGAUGUCAAGGUGUGGGAAGUCUGCUUUGGGAAAAAAGGCGACUUCCAAGAGGUGGUGCGCGCAUUUGAGCUCAAGGGCCACUCUGCGGCUGUGCACUUCUUUGCCUUCUCCAACGACUCACGCAGGAUGGCCUCUGUCUCCAAGGACGGCACAUGGAAGCUGUGGGACACAGACGUGGAGUACAAGAAGCAGCAGGACCCCUACCUGCUGAGGACGGGCCGCUUCGACGAGGCCAGCACCCAGCCCUGCCGCCUGGCCCUCUCCCCGGACGCUCACGUCUUGGCCCUGGCUUGCGGCAGCACCAUCCGCCUCUACAACACGCGCCGCGGGGAGGAGGAGGAGCGCUUUGAGCGGGUCCACAGUGAGUGCAUCUCCGACUUGACCUUCGACGUCAGCGGGCGCCUGCUGGCCUCCUGCGGGGACCGGGCCGUGCGGCUCUUGCACAACACGCCCAGCCUCCGGGCUGUGGUGGAGGAGAUGCAGGGUCUGCUGAAGCGGGCCACCAGCGAGAGCACCCGCCAGCGGCUGCAGCAGCAGCUCUCGGAGGCCCAGGAGGCCCUGAAGAAGCUGGGCGCCCUGAAGAAGUGAGAGUCGGGGCAGGGCAGGGAGGCGCUGGCCGCCGCUGCCCCCCCCCCGGCUGGCUUCCCAGGGACUCCCCGGCUGGAAACCAUCUGCUGGAGCCUUUGAUGUGUUCGGCGCUGGGCCCACUCCUCUCUCCUUUGUCUGCUGAAGUGACUCUUGCCCGCUUAGAUUUCUCUUCUUGCUGGUUCACCUCUGGCCUUACAAAGGUGCUUAUCUUUCUCUGAGACCCCCAGGGGACGAGUCAGCUUCCCCGGGGCCAUGGAGGCUGGCGAGGAGAAGAGCCAUCACCUGAUCUCUGACCUUACGGUCCUAUACCCUGGCACCCAAAGAAGUUUGUUAACAGUGAAGGCCGAACCUGGGAGGACCUGGGUAAAGACCAGCACUUGGGCCAGCAACUAACUGGGAGGGAGGUUUAUUUCCCAGGUCCAGAGCUGGCGGGGGCAGGGGGCAGGUGGGAUCAAGGAAGGGCUCAUCUUGCCAGCCACCGCUCCCAGCUCCUUCCAGAAAGUAUUGAAGGCUUUUGAUCUGUACCUCGAUUUCCUUAUUUGUAAAAUGGAGACUCAUUUUCUGUGAUCACCGUACAGAGACGUUGUGAGUAGAAAAGGCCCUAAACUUAGAAAAGUAGCAAAGAGGAGGGGGUCGACCCCGUACCCGUCUGUCCCAUGUCAUGAAACAAGAGUGGACAGUGUUGCUGGGAACAGAAUCACAAGCAGAUGCCUCCCCGGGGAGAGGGAAGGCUCUAGGAUUCCAUCACACAGUCUGUAGCAGGCUCUGCUUCAAGGGGUGCACAAGGGCGGGUUCCCCGCUUCCAGAAUAGAACCCAUUCGAGGAGAGCGGGCUGGUUUCCGGAGAGAUGAGUGAGCCGAGAGGUUCCAUCAGACACAGAUGAGAGAAAGGCCUAUUUCCCUGCUAGUUUCUCUAUUGCUCCAGAAAAUUCACUGGAAACUGAGGCAGUGAGUGUGACGUGCGCACGUAGCUUGGAUAGGAGGUUAGUAUUUCGGAGAUUGACUGGACAACCGGUUGGCCGUGGGCCAGAAGGGAGAUGAGGAUUUCUGGCAGAGCUAAGUCUAGACACAGUUGAUUCGUCCAGAAGCAAAUUCUUCUCACUCUAAAACCAGCACCUCCCGAGUCUUCCUCAGCCCUUCCAAAUCUUUGCGUGAGCCAUAGCCUUGGAAUUCUCCAGACUUGUUCUCCCGGCAUCCUCUGCUCAUAUCCUGCAUUAUUUCCCAAAUCUGCUACUUUGCUCCACUUUUCCUGUCCCCUGCCUGUCCUGAGUCACUGUCCCCUACUGAACUGCAGAGCAGCUACUUCACUGCUCUCCCUCCUCACCCUGUGCAGUCACUGUCCUCGGGGUAGGCCAGAUGGAAGCCAGAGGCCGUCAUUUCAAAGGCUUCCCAUCACACUUAGAAUAAAACCCAAAAUCCUCACCCUGACCGCCAAGCUCUGGUGUCUUCCUUCACACCCAGCAGUGUGUCGGGCUUGUCCCCGGCUCGACGCUCAGGGAUCCCUCCUGGGGGCUCAGGGAACCAUAUAUAGUGCCAGGGAUUGAAGUUGUGUCAGCCAUGUGCAAGGCAAACGCGCUACCCACUGUGCUCUCUCUCCGGCCCCUUCCUCUAGAUCUUGUUCCCAGGUGGCCCCCAGCACAACCCUUACUGCUCUCCCUUCCCCCAGGUCAAAGUUGGUCCUAGCCUCAGCCUAGCACCUCUGCUCUGCUGUUCCCUCUGCUUAGAAGCAUUUGCUUUUCUGUUGGCUGCAAGUCAGGCUAGUUUAACCAGCUCUCGGGUUCAUUGAUGAUGCCGAGACCCUCGCCGCGCCCAGUCUGAAGCAGCCCUGGCUCAGUUCCCUCGUGGCAUUGUUUUUGUGUGUGUUUCAAGAUGUCCGAAGUGAUCUGUGAGUGAGCUCCUUUGGAUAUUUGAGUGCUCCGGGCGGCCCAGCCUAAAGUCUAAGACCUUAGGACAUAGUGGAGGACUCAGGUGAUGAGGGGUGUGUGUCUGCUCUAGGGGUGCCCGUGAAGAAUCCUCAGGAUGUGACUUUUCAAUCUAAGGGGUUAGAAGUGGAUGAUAUUUUAAGAAAAAAAACAUUAAGCAUUUCUGGGCCAAGCAUUUAUGCAAUAAUCAUAUGUUGCCCACCAGUCUCAAAGG